AUGCCUGACAUACCUGUGGACAUGCUGAUCCUUGACAGGAUUCACAGAGUGGCAAGACCUGCCCACCUGUCCCCCUCCACUCCAAGAGAUGUCAUUAUGCGAGUAUAUUAUUUUUACAUCAAAGAACUGAUCUUGAAGUCUCACCGAACAAAGAGAGAUGUGGCGGAGAAGUUCAAAGAUAUCCUCAUCUUUACGGAUUUAUCGGCGGAAACCCUGAGGAGAAGGCGAAAUUACCAACCCAUCACGGAGACCCUUAGCACAAUAUCCCAUAAUGCUGGGG